CCGCCCCCGGUCCUGCGCAGGCCCGCCAGAAGGCUCCCGGCGCCCCGCCAGCAAUGGUGAACCUAGGCCUGUCCCGGGUGGACGACGCCGUGGCCAACAAGCACCCGGGACUGGGGGAGUAUGCCGCGUGCCAGUCGAACGCCUUCGUGAAGGGCAUUUUCACCUUUGUCACAGGCACCGGCGCGACCUUCGGCCUGCAGCUGCUCGUUCAGAGGAAGUGUGCAUACCCCUUUCAGUGGAACGUGCUGGUAGCCGUGGAGCAAUGUCGGGCACUGCAGAUCCAGGCGAUGAAGGAGAAGACUGUCAAGAACAAGGCGACGCUGGCUCUCCUGCGCGGCAACAUCCGCCGCGGGGCCCAAGACUGGGCUUUGGCCAAGAAGUACGACCAGCGGACCAUCUCCCAGGCCUGCGGGAAGGACGUGCCCAUGAGGCUGGGGCACAGCCGCUGCACCAUGGAGGUGGCACGGGAGAAACUGCGCAAGUACGUCUUCGACCGCGUGAAUGUGCACAACGUGCUGAUCCACCUGGUGCGGAGGCGCGGAGAGAAGCUGGAGAGCAUGCAGCUGGAGCUGGCCAGCCUGCAGAGCCAGCCCGACGCCACUAAGGAGGAGCUGCGCAUGCUGCAGGUCAUCCGCCAGCUGGAGAACAACAUAGAAAAGACAAUGGUCAAGAUCACCACGAGCCAGAACGUCCAGCUGCUGUACGUGGACCUGCUGGAUCACCUGAAAAGAAAGCUGGCAGGAUACCCCACAGAGCUGGACAAGCUGCACAAUCUCGUGGGUGACUACUGCUCAGAACUGUCAGAUAUGACAGUCAUGUCCCAAGAUGCCAUGAUGAUUACAGAUGAGGUCAAGAUGAACAUGAGGCAAGGGGAGGCCACCUUUAUUGAAGAGCGCCGGGCGCGGGAGAACCGGCUGAACCAGCAGAAGAAGCUGAUUGACAAGAUUCACACCAAGGAGACCAGCGAGAAGUACCUCUGGGGCCAGCGGGACUUGGACUUCCCCUCCAAUCUGAUGGGUCCGGAAACUCCGAAAGUGAAGAGAAGAGAGACCUCCAAGGCUGAUAUCGAAUACCAGACGGAUGUGACCGCUUUGGUGGAGAAAGUCAAGACUGCUGUGCGGUGCUCCCACCUCUGGGACAUCACCGGCCGGUUCCUGGCUCAGCAGAACACGGAGGAGAACCUGGAACUGCAGAUGGAGGACUGUGAGGAGAGACGGGCACAGCUGGAGGCCUUGAUGAAGAAGCUGGAGGUGGAGGAGGCAAUGCUGAAGUUCCACCAGAUGCCCAGCUCCGUCAGCUUCAAGUCUGUUGAGAAGAAAAUGAAGGACAUGCUGAAGGAGGAGGAAGACAGGCUGCAGCAGGCCCACGCCAACAUGACCAGGAGCCAGAAGCUGCUGCUGACCAUCCAGACCGGCAUCGACAACCUCUACAUCCGCCUGAUCGGCAUCCCCGUGCCCACGGCCCCGAAAGAAGCAGAGCUCUCCAACACCCUGGAUGUGUACAGCAAGCUGGCGUAUUGUGAGGGGAAGCUCCUGGACCUGGCUGACAGAGUGCAGAUGCUAUCCCUGACUGAGGAGGUCAGCACGAAGGUGAGGGACGCCCUGGAGUCCUCAACUCUGAAAGAGAAGCAGAACACCAGGAUCAGCUUUGAGGACCUGGAGGAGGACGUCAUAGAGACCUUCCAGUUCGCCGACGUGGACCACAGCUACGUGCCCUCGCGGGCCGAGAUCAAGAGGCAGGGCCAGCGGCUGAUCGAAGGGAGGCUCAAGGUGGCCAAGAAGAAGAAAAAGUGACAGGAAGAGGAGGAACCCGCCCCGCCCCCACACCCGCCCCCAGCUGGCAUUGGUUACGCAAAUAAACAUUUUUUCAGGACUGCGGGGCACCUAGGGGAACGCAGAUGUGGGGGAUCACGUCGGGAACUC